AUGUCGGGAGAUAAAUUGCAAGAGAAGAUUGCACAGCUAGGGCUCGAUGAUAAAGAUGGAAGCUCAUCAUCAUCACCCACAAAACAUGCAACUCGAAUCGAUCUUGCUUCUCUACGUACAAAUACAAUGUUCGAACAAAGAGAUGCAAUCAAUCAAAAUCAAGAUAAACCCAUAAACGAAUGGACAGUUCCACCUCAACGAAAUGGUAGAACACCUAGAGCUGCUACUCUGUUUCUAGGAAAAGAUCAUGAAAGAUGGCAACAAUACGAACGAGAACGUAUGGACGGUCCUGGUGGAGCAGGUUUACGAAUAGCAUGGCGUGCUGGCACAUCAAGUACGAUUCAAAUCGGAAGUCAUUCCAAUUUUGAGAGUGAUGAUGAUGAAGAGUAUGAGGAGGACCGAUACUCUACCUAUACAUCUGAUACGGAAACAGAUGAUCAUUUGUCCGUUGGAGAUGGUGCAAGUACAGAAGCCGCUUCUAGCAAAGGCGCAAGCAGUAGACGAAGUUCCAUCAGAAGAUCAUCCUCAAAAUCACAUGGAAAGGCAUUCCCUCGAAUCGUUCAAGCAGAUCAUACAAGAAGAGGAUCUGCAGCCGAUAGUGGAUCUUCCUCCUAUUCGGGAGGCGAGUUUGGAAGUACAGAUAGCCCACAUUUCCCCAACAGACCUCGUAGAUUUUCUUCCAAUGGUCCGGAGGCUGCCUUUCUGCGACAUGAAACGGUGAUCGGCAUUCAUACACCUAGAAGGGACUCGUCAUCCUCCAAUACUUCUUCUGCAAGGGUAGCUUUGGCACCCUUGUCGCAAAUAAAAACACCACCAAGCGGCCGCAGAAGUUCGAUCUCAGUCUCACCCCACAAGAAUGAGAAAAAGGAAAAGUCGAAAGGAAGAGGAUCUCCCGGGAAGCAUCAGCCUAUCAAACAUGUUCGUUCAACGGAGAUGUUGGAAAAAGCCGCUUUGGCAGCUGCAUCGGCGAUUUCCAAAGAACGACAAGGAGAUCGUUCAAUCUCUAAAGAGUUCUUGGAUGAAUGGGAUGCAGUCAAAAAGCAAGAUGCAGAAACACGAUACGACCCUGAUCGACAAUAUCAAGCUAGUUCAAGUACAGCAUUAAAGUUGGCUCCCAGAAGGAAGCCCGUUCGUGUUGAAGGUACUCUUUAUGAUCGUUCUGGCCCAUUCCGAGAAGGUGCUGUGACAGAUGGAUUGUGUGUACGUUUCUUUUCGUCAGAAGAUGCAAGUCAGACUGCCGCUUAUGAAUCGAAUGCUUCCACCUCAAAUGAUGUAGCAGUCGCUGAUGAGGAAAUGGUUCCUACCACUUAUUUGAUCACAACGCCAGACAAUCGUGUUUCUUCUGCCGCAAAGCUUCGCAGAUGGGCUAUGGACGGUGAAGGUAAAUUUUAUGCUGCGAUGGAAAUCAAAUCGAUUGAAGCAAAAAUGCGAGCAGCCGAUCCUAGCACGGCUGGAAAUGGAAUUCCUAAAAGCGUUUUGAGAGGAUUGCGAGAACGAUAUGUUGAUGAUCUGUUGGAUGAAGUGCAAAAAGCAGAAACGUUGAAUCCAGAUAGGACUGCUGUUUCACAUGUGUUGUGCACUUCCGACAACAAAUAUUUACGAUUGGAAGAAGAUUAUCCGGAAGAAGCGUUCUUCGUGAUUGCUGGAUGCGAGGAGAAUGAAUUGAAGCCGGUGGUCUCCCUCGUGUUUGUCAAUGCUCUACGUGCGAUCACUGGAUUUCAUUCUGCAGGUUGGUUACAUGGUGAUAUCAAAUUGGAGAAUUUGAUGUUUGAUGAAAGCGGAAAGCUGGUGGUGAUCGAUUACGAGAAUGCCAAUCCGUUCCGUGGAAUCCCAGGAGGAGAUGGAAAGGUGACUUUAGCCAGUUACGAUUGGAUUCCACCAGAGGCGUUCUUGGGACCACAAGGUCGUCGAGCUGGUCCUUCGGCGGAUUUGUGGGCAUUGGGUUGCAAUAUCGUUCGUGCGUUUGCAUUGCGGGAUAACGUAGAAGAUGUGGAUAUUCGAGAAGUUCUUCUCGGAAAAGGGCAAGAGGCAUUCCUUUCGUUUAGAAGGACGUACCUACUUCGAAGGCCAAGCAGCGAUAAAUCGAAUGGUCGCAAAAGUAGACGUGGAAGUGAUGUAGGCGUUCCAGGUUCGGCAACACGACCAUUGCCAACUGCUGAAGAUGUUGAUCUGAGCUGCUUGCUAGGGGAUGAGGAUGAAGAGGAGGUAAAUCCAUAUAAUCCAAAUCAAAUGGUCCCACCUCCUGCAGGACCUUCACCUAAGCGACUUCUGAAGAGGUUUGCAACGGAAGCACCAGAUUUGCUAAAGUUGGUCAUCGCUCGAUGCAUCUCUGAUUUGCCGGAAGAACGUUCGAUCGAAGCAGAGAUGGAUUGUUUACGCUUCGCUGAUGGAUUGGACCCGAAAUUAAUGGAAAUCGGUCAACGUGCGGUCAUGACAGCAAUUGAGGUCAGUGGAAGUGCUUGGGUGCGACCAAAGCUGGAGGAGGCUAGACGAGGGUUAGGAUUGUGA